GGUGUCUGGUCUUUCACAAAAGAGCCGUACAAGCUAAAGUAUGUGGAGGAUGCAGGUGGAGAGAAUAUUGAUAACUCCAUCAAUAAAGUUACAUAUAACAUCUCUAUACCUGAUGACUUGGAUGCUUUUCAUGCAAUUCUAUGCACUGUAGAAGUGGUGAUUGAUGAAACCUACACUUCUGAUCCAGUAGCCUACACUUCCUCUACCUUUCUUGAAAAUUUAAAUGUGGAAGAUCAAUCUUGCUUUGCUUUUGUUGCUAAUCAAAGCUUAUGGAGAUACGAUAAAAGAAUUGGAAAUUCAACUGCUCUUGAUUGGUAUGACGGAGCUAUCUCUCAGCCUCAACUAGUUCUUGCUGAUCUUAUUGAGGCUUUAUUUCCGUCAGGGAAUUACACGACAACAUAUUUCAGAAAUAUUGCAAAGGGGGAAGGAUUUGUAAACAUUGGUCCUGAAAUGUGUGACAGAGACACCUCUACUGCCAUGGAACCUGUAAUUGUAGCUUGCGAGUGAAAUAUUCUGUGAAUUGAAAUUAUUUUGUCACAUUUCUUUCAAUUUUGAUACUUAUGGC